CGAUUAGUUUCAAGUGUAAAAUUAUAUCUGGUUUCGGUAGAAACAUGGAACAUUUCGCUUUCAACGUCACCGGGGUGCGGGGUGGAUCGGCUGCCAAGUGUUUGUUUUAUUGUUAUUUAGAAAAGGGAUAGUUAUUUCAUCACCGGUUAAUCAUGAGUUCUAAGAAGAGAAGUAUGGACUCUUACCUUGCUGAAGUGUUCAAGCAGUUCAUUGCUAUCAAGGAUGACGACUUCAAAAAGUCGCAGGAAGUCUUUAAAAGUGUCUUCGAACAGGUCAAGCAAAAGAUGGGUGAAACAUGCAACUACUAUAAGAAAUACAGCAGUCAGAUCAUGUACGCAGGGAGCGUAUCCGAUGGCAUCAAAGUGGGGAGGAUGGACGAAUUCGACAUGGACAUCGUCAUCCGUCUGCCCAUCAACUACCAAGACAUCGCACUCGAAAACGAAGAGCCGGGCUUCGUUAAACUGAAGAUCACGAACACAUUUGACCAUUUAGAUAAGCAGCCGGACUGGGAGAAAUGUCAUAAGGUGACUCGCGACUGGCGGGACGCAGAUAAAUACUUCCUUCAGAAUAAGUUUCGUCAGUGGAUGCAUAAGAACGUGCAGAAGGCGUUGAAUCUCAUGGAAGGCAAGGUGGACGUGAACGGGGAUGUUUACUUGCUCACGUACAAGGAGUCUGGUCCGGCUUACACGCUGAAUAUCAGGAAUGAUGUGGGCACCGACAAAUAUGCGCUGGAUGUGGACUUGGUGCCAGUCAUUAAGUUCACCUACCCGCGCGUUCCUGAAGGUUACAGGGUUAUCGAGGGACUGCAAGCGAAGGAUUGGUUCCUUGUGCCGAAGCCCAACAAGGCGUUGACCGACAACACUCUGAAGAACAGAUGUUGGCGCAUCUCGUUCCAAGAACAGGAGAGAGAACUCAUCAAAGACUGCCAAGCGUUGAAGACUACCAUCAGAUUGGUAAAAAAAUUACGAGAUGCUCUAGAAAUGAAGUACAUCGCUAGCUACUACAUCAAGUCACUGUUUCUGAAGAAGGUCCAUGACAUGCAAGAUAAGACUUACUGGCGCAAUAAAUUGAGUCUAUUAUUCCGUGCGAUGGUACAAGAGCUGUACGACGCUAUCUCUAAGAAGGACAUCCCAUUCUUUUGGAAUUAUGAACACAACCUCAUUGGUGGGAUGAAGCCCACUCUUCAGAAAAUCUACUGCGACAAACUGAAGGAUGUCCUAGCAGCUAUCGACGCGAAUGAUGUCGAAAAAGUAGUGGGGGCUUUACUCAACGCCGAAGAAUUAAAAGAGUUCAAGAAAUCCGAGUUUUAUCAGAAACAAGCGGAGCUGGCUCCAUUAGUGGUGCAACAUAACUCUUCAUUUUCCUCGGAAAGUUGUUCCCAGCCCGACAGCGCAUUGUCCGACCAACUUAAGAUGUUGAACAGCGAACUUGAUUUGCUCCGCGGAAACAGUCAGAACGACAAAAAGUUUGACGAGUUAGAAGAUAAAAUGAAUAGACUGGCGGACAGACUCAGCUUGUUGGAAUCCAGAAUGGAUAAGUUAGAAAUGAUGGAGCGCAAAAGAACUAUGGACGAUAUUGUCCUGGGAGCCAAUUCGAUUAGUCUCAAUGUUGGUAACUUGAUCUCUAUGGAUUAAAUGAUAGGUUGGUUAGUGAGCUAAAACUACUUAUAAAUUUUACUAUUGUCUAUUCAUACAUUUUAAAAAUAUGUUUAAGAAUUGCAGAUUUUUAAACAUCACGCAUAUAGAGAUUGAUUUUCUUUUUAUAUUAUAGAAAUAAGUUUUAAUAAUGAAUUAUGAUAAAAUUCCUAUGAACUCCGACUAUUAUAUAAAUGUUAUUUUAAGAUUAUAUACGAUAUUUUAAUUAAAGAUUUUCUUAAUAAAAA